GGAGACAGUUAGUAGAUUUGGACUUGGAUGAACUAGAAAUUGGACAGUUGGUGACGGUUUCUGUUGCUGAAAUUCCUGAACAAUGUUUAGUCAUGAAGCUUACCUUCUUCCGCCACAAUCAGAGUUCAAAAUGGGGUCUGAGGAAAUGUUAAGAGAUGAUUUUGGUGUCCUCGGAACUGUACGUUCUCACUUACCGUGGCAUUACAAACGCGAUGGUAAAAAUGUCUUUUAUCCGUUAGUUCCACAAAUGUCCAUUGAGGAAGUCGAACUUUGUGAAAGCAUAAUCAGUGCUGCAAUUGCCUAUUCGUUGGAAGAUGAAAGAAAGAAAAUUAUUGAAAAUCGAUUUGAAGGCGCAGCAUUAUAUUGGGACAAACAAUUCUACUUGAAGUUUUCUGAAAUUGACUCUAUAAAAGUGAAAAAUUUAAAAAGUGUUUGGGCAGUUGAUGAUCAAGUUGAACUCAAAUCUAGUAUGCAACAUCCUCAUUUUGGUCUUGGAGUGGUCAAGAAAAUUGAAACGGAAAAUGUCAGGUCCUUCGGGAAUCUCAAAUUUAAUUUUAGUGUAGUGAUAAGAGUUUUGAAUGUUCAAGAACGUAAAAAUCGAGAUACAGAAGAAGAAUUUUUGAAUGCACAAGAUGGUGGUCUGUUUGUAGUACAUCCAAAAAUAAUAAAGGGUAGUGAAAGUCGUCGAACUUGCUUUUCAGCUAAUAUGCCGUCUCGUCUUUCGUUGUUGGACACAAAGCAGGGUCAAUUAAUGAAAGCUCUUUUGGCACGUGAAUUUGAAAUAGUUAUUAAAUGA